CACUUGCAGGUCAAAACGUAUGUUGGUCUCGGCCGUUGGGGAUAUGAGACUAUCCCUUUUUAGCUGAAUAGAAAAUAUGGGUCAGGUUCUAAAGCAGUCAUUCGAGGUCAUUUAUCUCUUGUGAGGUCAUUUCACCCAUAUAUAGAUGACCCUAUCCCACCACUGUGCCACCCAAUAUUGACGACGAUGACCUUGAAUAAAGUAAAGGGAUGAAACGUGUUAAUAGAAAAUAGUAUAGAGACUACUGUUGGGGGAGUAGGUCGAUGACUUAAAACAACUUAAGCCCAGUUGGCCAGUUCGUUGGAAGAAGGUCAUGUCAUCGACUCGUCGAUACAUUUCAUGGUCGUCCUCUUGAUCUUACUACAGUAUCGAAAUCAUCGUCGUCAGUUACUCGAGUGUUAUCGACUCGGUUAGAAGUGCUCAUUUGAUGAUGGAGACUAAGAACUCGAUCUUGAAUGCGUUACUCCAACAGGCCAUUUUUAAUAGUCAAGGUGUUGGUGCCAACGUUCCCGUGAACUUAAGCAUGUCGUUAAACGACGAAAGAAGUGAAGUUACCAGCUCGUCAUCGUCGGCCGACGAUGAAUCGCCCGCCGAUUUGUCUAGUCGCAGCCAUCACCAACGUGAAGAUUCGCCGAUUCCGCCAUCGUAUCAACAUCAUCCUGACUCAUCACAGCUCAUGCAUGCUAUGGCGGCUGCUUUCUCCUUCCAGCGGGAUCUGAUGGCGCAACAAAACAAGUCUGACCAUCUCAAUCAAUCUGAUGCAACAAGUCCGGCCUCACCUGCUGAUCCUUCUCACCUGGUUGCCAAAGCCUUGGCCUCGGCCACCACCAGAAGGCCGAGGAGUGAGAAGAAACCUAUUCCCGAUGAUUUGAAGGAUGGCAAAUAUUUUGAACGCCGACGUCGUAAUAAUCUUGCAGCUAAGAGAUCUCGAGACAUGCGGAAAAACCGUGAGGAUCAAGUUACAGUUCGCGCCAAUUUCCUUGAGAAGGAGAAUUCUGUCUUGAGAGCUCAAGUGUCCACUUUGAGAGACGAAGCAUUCGCCUUGAAGCAAAUGUUAUUGCACAAGAACGCUUCCGCCAUUCUCCGUAGUCAAGCUGCCACCAGUUGAGCUUACGUUGUGGAGAGAACAAACAAGAACUUUGUCCACGUUAUUGUUUUUACCUUUAUAUUUACCAAUGCUAAUCCCUCCUGUUUAACUGAUUUCUCUUUCGGUUUCAAUCCAUCACGUCUUUUAUUUAUCAUUUCUUUUUUAGACGUGCUCGUCUGCUAUCAACCGACUAAGCUUCACAGUGCCAAAAAUAAACGAAAUUGAAAUCAA